AUGGGUCUUCCCCAACCGAGGCUUCCUCCACCAGCUCUGCCGGCUGGACCAGCAGCUGCGGGGUGCAGGCCGGAGCUGAGGGGCCAGAACUGGUCCUUACUCCCUGCCACAGGGCUCUGCCACUUUGUCACCCUGGCGCUGGCCCUGCUGGUGCUGCUGGAGGCUCUGGCCCAGGUGGGUACCCAGAAGAUGGUAAGAGACCAGUGUGGGGUCCGCCCUAGAGCCCACAGCUCCAUGCGCUUCCUCCUGCUGCCUGCACCCCCUCUCAGCCACUGUCUCCAGUUCUCACAGAAACAGCAUCAAGCAUGCAGAGACAGGCGGCUGGAAGCCGGGAGCAAAAAGUGCCCGUCAGAGAAGACCUCAGCCUGGGCCAGAUACCCCCACAGGAUGGACUCGCUGCAGAAACAGGACCUCCGGAGGCCCAAGAUCCACGGGGCAGUCCGCGUGCCCCCCUACCAGCCACCCACGCUGGCCUCACUGCAGCGCUUGCUGUGGGUCCAUCGGGCUGCCGUGCUGAGCCACAUCAACGAAGUCUGGCCCAGCCUCUUCCUGGGAGAUGCGUACGCAGCCCGGGACAAGAACAAGCUGACCCAGCUGGGCAUCACCCACAUCGUGAAUGUCGCCGCAGGCAAGUUUCAGGUGGACACAGGUGCCAAGUUCUACCGUGGAAUGCCCUUGGAGUACUAUGGCAUUGAGGCUGAUGACAACCCCUUCUUCGACCUCAGUGUCUACUUUCUGCCCGUUGCUCGAUACAUCCGAAGUGCCCUCAGCAUUCCCCAAGGCCGCGUGCUGGUACACUGUGCCAUGGGGGUGAGCCGCUCUGCCACGGUUGUCCUGGCCUUCCUCAUGAUCUGCGAGAACAUGACGCUGGUGGAGGCCAUCCAGACAGUGCAGGCACACCGGGAUAUCUGCCCCAACUCAGGCUUCCUCCGGCAGCUCCAGGUUCUGGACAACCGACUGGGGCAGGAGACGGGGCGGCUGUGACCUGGUGGGCAACCAGGAACCCUGACCCUCCAGCCAGCAUGGCCCACCCAACCAGCCUGGCCCUGGGGACCGUGCUUCCACUGACCUUGAGAUGUAAAUAGCAAGUGGGGGCUUAGCUGAGGCAGAGGCAGGGAGAGCUGGGUGGUGACCUUUAGCAGGUGGAUCUCCCUGACCCAAUCCAAAGAUUCUUUAUGCAGAAAAGAGUUCAGUCUGUCUCUAUAAUAAAAGGUUCAUCAUAAUAAAGA